UGGCCGGAGGCGGCGGCGGGGGGCGGGAGCGGCGGCCCGGGAGUGAUGGCGGCGGCGGAGGCUGCGGCCCGGGCGGCGGCGGCGGGCCGGGCGGCCGGGAUGGGGGCGGCGGCGGCGGCGGCGGGGGAGCGGCUGCUGCUGCGGGCGGCGGGGGCCGGGGCGGCGGAGCGGGCGGUGCCGGCGCGGGGCCGCGGCGGGCUGUAGGCGGCGCCAUGGAGCGGCCCGGGAGCGGCGGCGCCGAGGGGGCCUGGGCCGCGCUGCUGGGCCGGCAGCACCAGCAGGCUCGGGAGUACUGCCCGGGGGUGAACAACCAGCCCUACGUGUGCGAGACGGGGCACUGCUGCGGAGAGACCGGCUGCUGCACCUACUACUACGAGCUGUGGUGGUUCUGGCUCCUCUGGACCAUCCUCAUCCUCUUCAGCUGCUGCUGUGCCUACCGGCACCGCCGGGCCAAGCUGCGCCUGCAGCAGCAGCAGCGGCAGCGGGAGAUCAACCUCAUCGCCUACCACGGUGCCUGCAACUACCCCACCUCCAUGAUGGAUCUCAGGAUGCUGGCUUCCUUCAAGCUGCCUGCCUACGAGGAGGUGGCCCACCGCCCCAGCACCCCGCCGCCGCCCUACAGCGCCAUCCUGGCCCAGCUGAGCGGGCCGCACAGCCGCCUGGGCUCCAGCACCCUCACCCUCUCGCCCAGCUCGGAGAACUACACCAGCUGCUCGUGCGAGUCGAGCUGCGCCACGUCCCCCAGCAGCACCUCGCUGUCGGUGCAGGUGACGGACGAGACGGAGCGCAGCCGGGCCAGCACGCCCAGCGAGGAGGGCGGCACCAGCAGCACCGGCACCGGCGGCAGCUGGGAGCCGCCCGAGGAGCCGCCGGCCCGCGAGGCCCCGCACAAGCACGCCCUCUUCUCCUCCACCGUGGACUUCUUCGAGGCCGACUGCCACCGCUGCUCGGACAUCGAGGAAGGGGAGGAGGAGGAGGAGGAGGAGGAGGAGGAGGAGGGCGGCGCGGCCCGGGGCGACGGCGGCGAGCACUUCCGGCACCGGCGCCUCACCGGCGACUCGGGCAUCGAGGUGGGGCGCUGCCAGGAGGAGGAGGAGGGCGGCGAGGAGAGCGAGGGCGAGGGUGCCCAGCUGCUGGGCAAGGCCGGCCCCGCGCCGCCCCCGCGGGCCCAGCGCCGCAGCCUCUGCGGGCUCCCGGGCGAGGCGGGCGCCGAGGAGCCGGGCUCGCCCGCCCUGCCCGUCUGAGUGGCCGCCACCGCCCCGCCCUGCCCGCCCGCCCCGCUGCCUGCUCGCUCGCCCGGCCCCACUGCCCCGGGGCGGUUGGGGGGCUGCGGCCGCUGCCUUGGGCCCUGCCCGCCCCACUCGCUCCGCCCCACCGCGGCCUUGGAGCAGCGAGGCCGGGGGCACGCGCGGUGCCCGAAGCCGCCCCUGCUCAGAGGGCCCGGGGGGCGCGUGGCGGAGAGGGCUGGGCCGCCCACCCCCGGGGGGGGAGUGGGGCUCCCCGUGGAGCUGGCACUGCCCUCCCUCCCCAGCCCCGUUACCAGCAGCAGGCUCUGGCAGCGCAGGGGGGCCAUCCCUCGCCCCCCCCCCGCCCCCUGCCACCUCUGCGGGCCCGGCAGACCCGCUCGGGGGUGUGGACUCUGGCCACGGAGCCCCCCGGGCCGGGCCGCCCUCCCGGCCUGCCUCGUCCCGGCGAUGUGUGUGUUCCUCGCUGCGCUCUGUCGUGUUGGGUACGUCGUGUGGCGCGGCUGCGGGGACCGGGCCGCGGCGGCGUUUCGGCGUGUUCCCAGCUGGUGCCCCUUCCCCGCCACGCUGCUUCCGGGAGCUGCUGGGGCAGGGGCAGCAGCCCGGACCCCCCCACCCCGGGCCUUCCUCGGCGGGGGAUGCCUUCCUGCCACUCGGAAGCCAAUUCUUUCCGUCCCGUGCCGGUGGCUGGCGUGUGCCCCCCCUGCCGCCAGCCCCGCUCCAGGCCCCGAGGCCUGGCUCCGCUGCCUUGGCCCGGGGAGAGGGGCUCUGCCUCGGCCUGCAGGUCUGUGCUCUGGGUGACAGUAAUCCAAGUAGCGUUCUCUCAUCAUUAAAGAGAUGUGGAAUUACG